CAAGACCGGCAACAAAAGCGCGGGACCGUUCUCCGGAGAAGCCGCGAAGGAUAUAUUGUUGCUUCGGACAUUUUUUUAGCGCCGUGCCUUCUACUACGAAUCGCAUUUUUCUACACAUAGUAUUCGAGAACGUUGACGGAUUAUUAACGCACGUAAAAACAACGACACGAUGUUCGAGGCACGCUUGGUACAGAGCGCGAUCCUGAAGAAGGUGUUGGACGCGGUGAAGGAUCUCCUGACCGAAGCAACUUUCGAAUGUUCCGACUCGGGGAUUCAACUCCAGGCGAUGGACAACGCGCACGUCUCCCUGGUCUCGUUGAAUCUCAGGAGCGACGGUUUCGACAAAUAUCGUUGCGAUCGAAACCUGUCGAUGGGGAUGAGCAUCAGUUGUAUGUCAAAGAUUCUACGAUGUGCUGGUGCAGAAGACACGGUGACACUCAGAGCAUGGGACAAUCCCGAGUCUAUCGUUUUUAUAUUCGAGUCACCAAACAAGGAAAAGUUGGCCGAAUACGAGAUGAAGCUGAUCAAUAUGGAUCAGGAACAUUUGGGCAUACCUGAGACUUCAUACUCGUGCGUCGUAAAAAUGCCAUCUGCGGAAUUUACCCGCAUAUGCAGAGAUCUGAGUCAAUUUGGAGAAUCUAUAACUUUUGCUUGUACUAAGGAAGGUAUAAAAUUCAGUGCGUCUGGCGAUUAUGGUUCAGCCAAUAUCAAAUUAGCACAGACUGCGGAUGCGGAUAAGGAAGAGGAAGCGGUAAUAGUUAACAUGCAAGAACCAGUAAAGCUAACGUUUUCUUGUCGUUAUCUGAAUUGUUUCGUGAAAGCUGGCCCUCUUUGCAAUCAAGUUCAACUGUCUAUGUCCGACGAUGUACCUUUAGUAUGUGAAUAUAAGAUCGGCGAUAUUGGACACAUCAGGUAUUACCUGGCACCCAAGAUCGACGACGAGGAAGAAAACUAAAGCAUCGACAAAAAUAGAACUCAUAUACGCUGAAUUGUAAUUGAUGAUAUUAUAUUACAUCACUGUUUUGGAACAUCUGUCCCAUUAUGCGUUAGAUAUCGUCAUAUUUAUUUUAAUAGAAAAUGUUCAAUCGGUUUGACAAAAUUUCGAAGAGGUGAUACCAUACAUGUAUUCUACUAAUCGAAAAAAAUUAAAUAUCCGUUCAUUCGAGGUACAAGUAAGGCAAAGUUAGAGGUACUUUUAAGGUAAUAUAUUAUUUUAAUUUUACAUUUAAAAGUUAUUUGGCUCGUCACAGUGCUAGCGUAAUGCAGAAUUGACACUAAAAUUUAUAGUAGAGUGACACGAUGAUUAGUAUAGCAAAAUGGUGUCAUCCUCUUAAUCAAUAUUCACAUUAUUUAUGUUCCA